UACACCUGAACCCCUGAACAUUGAGGUAGGUACUUAUGAGUAGGAGGUAUUGUGCGCCUCUCUACUCCCAUACGUAACACCCAUACAACUGGAAGGCUGCCCACCAAGCUCCAAGCUGGCCUUAAUUUAUCCAACAUCGAGCAAGACAUCCGUCCCCUCGCCCACCACGAACAGCUUCUCUUUUUGCGCCCCGUCUGAAUCGCACGAACGAAGUAUUAGCAAAGAGACAUAUCUGCAAGCUUGUCGCUCCUCCUACCCGGCGCACAGCUCAGGCAGUCCUUUGACGCGACAUCCAUCAUGAUUUCCGACAAUGAUCUAUACCAACUGGCUAUUUCCCUCGGCUCCCUCGCCAUGGUUAUGAUUGUUGUAUACCAUUUUAUCGAGGUUAAUUCGGGCGAAGAUGGCAUACUGGGCGAGAAGGCUGCCAAAUCUAAGCCAGAACAGCAGCCUGCAGCAGUGGGAAAGCCAGCAGGCGCGACCAAAUGACGAGAUGGGAUGAUCUUGGUUCUCGACAGACUUGAAAGAAUAUCUACGGACAUAGACCAUAUCCAUGGAGGAAAAGCAAGGCAGUAUCAGUACUUUACACAGGCUGCUAGAGGCCCCAAUGGAUCAAGGGAGUGCCACCCAAGCCAAAAAGCUCUUGACAGGGCGAUCUAUGUGUUGCCUACUAGUUGAGAAGGCCUUAAGAGGCAGGACCACUAUGCUAGAUUAAGGGAGCCUCCUCUAACCUAUAACUCCUAGUAGCCUCUGAAUGCGAAUGGAUGAAUGGUCAGUCUAGGAGUUCCAGCUACUCGGGUGUCGUCGCAUUUUGUGAUUUCUGCAUUCAUCUAGUGCUUCUAAGUGUUGCGGAUUACAUUGGCUAAGUGUAAGUUGGAUAUGGAUAGUCCAUGUUGACCUUCCCAAGCAUUGGUAUGCAUAGGGACUAAAUAAACGAUAGACAUGAUGCUAUCACAAGCCUGUACAUGCAGGUUGUUGGAGCAAACCCA